GGCAUCUUCAUAUCACCCAAGUCAACCUAUCUCUCAUUCUUGAGAUGAAACUGUCUACAAGUUUUCUGUUCUUCUUUGGUGCUUUCGUUCUUGAAAUGAGCAUUGUGCAUGCAAAUCAUGGAAAUUUUCAAAAUUGCUCAAAGAGCCAACAUGCAGGGAUAGGUGUCGUGGUUGAAAAAAGCUCACGUGUUGGGAGAGAGCAAACGAUAGCCAUGGAGAUGGCUAUCCAUGAUAUCUGCAGAAUUACAAAGAGUCCUUGUUCUUGUCCAAUUUUGCAUGUCAAGGAUUCUCAAGGAAACCCCGCUCGGUCGGUUUAUGAAGUUAUGGAUCUCAUGGACCACAAACAAGUUCAUGCAAUUAUAGGAACAAUAAGCCCUGAAGAAGCCACUUUAGUUGCUGAGUUUGAUAAGGCUACCAAGAACAUCCCUAUCAUUUCUCUAACCCCGACAGCCACAACAUCACUUCCACAAUCAGCCGCACUCACUUCAUUUGUUCAAAUGAGUCACGAUAUCACUACCCAUACACAAUGCAUUGCUGCCAUAAUUGGCCACUUUAAUUGGCGAAAGGUGACAUCAAUUUAUGAAGAUCACAGUACAUUUGGCUCCAGCCAUAGUCUCUUAACACAUCUCUCUGAUGCAUUACAACUGGUUGGUUCAACAAUCCAAUGCCACUUCACAUUUCCUCCCUUGCAUUAUCUAUCAAACCCAAGCAUCUUCAUAGAAGAAAAGCUAAAAAAACUCAAGAUGAAGGGGAAUAAGGUGUUCAUACUUUUAAAAUCAUCUCUAGCAUCAUGCAUCCUACUAUUUGAGAAAGCAAAUCAGUUGGGAAUGAUGGAAAAGGGUUACGUAUGGAUCAUUUCUGAUGAUAUAUCAAGUCUUCUUGAUUCCGUCGACCAAUCAGUUAUAUUGAGCAUGCAAGGUGUUGUUGGAUUCAAGACUAACUUUGAAGACACAAGCGAGUCUUUUAGAGACUUCAAAAUUCAGUUUCGGAGCAAAUUUAGAACCAAAUAUCCAAAUGAAGAAUAUUCGAACCCUAGUAUAUAUGCAGCACGCACUUAUGAUGCAACAUGGGCUGUUGUCAAGUCUAUUCAAGCAUCAAACGGGUUAAGCUCAUCAAAGGACAUUCUAGAAAGCAUUUUACAAACUGAAUUUAGUGGCGUAAGCGGCAACAUAAGCUUUAAAGAUGGAAAACUAGCACAACCUCCAACAUUUACCAUAAUUAAUGUGAUUGGUAGAAGCUACAGGGAGAUUGAUUUUUGGUCACCAGAUUUUGGUUUCUCAAAGCAUAAACUUGGAAAUGGAGAGGGAAACCUUGAUUUAAUCUAUUGGCCAGGUGGCACUCAAAAGAUUCCAACUGGUCAGAUAUGGUCGGAAAAUGAAGGGAAACCAUUAAAGAUUGGUGUUCCUGCAAAAGAAGUGUUUGAAGCUGCUGUGAAGCAGUUGCCUUAUUCAUUGUCUUACAUCUACAUUCCAUACAAUGGCUCGUAUGAUGAAAUGGUAGCUGAAGUAUAUAACAAGACCUUGGAUGCAGCGGUUGGUGAUACAGAAAUAAUGGCAGAUCGAUACGAGUAUGCUGAGUUUUCUCAACCAUACAUAGACUCAGGAUUAGUUAGGGUGGUACCCAUAAAAUCAAAUUCUAUGAAGGAAGGGUUUAUCUUCCUUUAUGCCUUUACAGCAAAAAUGUGGAUUAUAUUAUUGGCAAUGACAAUAGGCACUGUGUCGAUUGUCUGGUUUAAUGAACAUGUACAUGGAAAUGAGGAUUUUGAGGCUUCAUCUUACUUAGAAUGUAUUAGCAGGAUGCUUUGGUUUGCAGUCGCGGUUUUAUCAUUGGCACAUAGAGAAGUUAUCAAAAAUAAUUUGUCUCGGUUAGUGCUGUCUACAUGGUUUUUUGUAAAUGUGAUUGUUGCCGCAUGUUUCACUGCUACGCUCUCUUCAAUUAUGACAGUUUCAACGUUUCAACAACCACUAGAUCAUCUCGGAAAUAAUGAUGUUGUUGGCUGCAAUGGGAAUUCUUUCAUUGUUCGUUACCUGGUGAACGUCUUGCAUUACAGGCCAGAGAAUAUCAGGAACAUUAACUCCAUCGAAGACUAUCCUGAAGCAUUCAAGAAAGGAGAGAUAGCCAUGGCUUUCUUUGUAUCCCCACACGCGAGUGUCUUCCUUGGAAAGUAUUGCCAUGACUAUGAAAAGAUCGGACCUACCUACAAGCUUGGUGGUUUCGGUUUCGUGUUCCAAAAGGGCUCAACAUUGGUGGAGGAUAUUUCGGAGGCAGUUCUCAAACUAACACAAAACGGAGAGAUAAAUACUUUAAAUGAAAAUAUGCUAAGAUCCUCUUCCAACUGUUCUCUAUUAGGUCAAGAAUCCAAUGGUCCACGAGGUACUCUAGGCCCCAAGCCUUUCACCGGUUUGUUCAUGAUAUCAGGCAGUAUAUCUGCACUUGUGUUCUUAAACACAUUGGGUCGUCUAGUAGCAGAUCACCAAGCUUCAAUAUGGAGUUUAACACUAUCAACCCUUAUUAUGAGAAGAAUUGGGAAAUGGUUGAUGUUGUUACUUAUCCAGAUUAGAGUUAUACAAUGCGGCCCUAAUGUAGAGAUGACUCCUAAUCAAGAAACCGCAUAGUACAUUCCAAUGAGAGAAAUCAUGUUCUUGUGUAUAGAGUUACAAUGAUGACUGAAAAACGAUACAAUAUGCUUUAUGAUUUGGAUAUAUAAUGUUGGUGAUAUUAGGGUUACAUGACAAUUGGUGCAUUGAAAUUAUAUAAAUGCCAAAGAAGACUUUGAC